AUGCUGCUAGAGUCACUCACUCGUCCAUUAUUCGCCUCGAAUUCCAUUCUUAGUGGUAGAAAUCAGAUAAAAAUCACAUUCAAAGCUCUUACCUUACAUCUGCAGCGCUCCAUUUGGUAAUUCGCCAUAACAUUGAUGAGGGAAUAUUCUGGACAUUAUUAACGAUGUUAACCAUGUUUUCUUUUUGUCUUAUUUAGGCAACAUUUCUAUUGUUUGUGGCAUCACACAAUCUUCUUGGUCCAGCGGUUAACGUUUUGGUCAAAGCAGGUAAAACUUACGAAAUACUGAAUGGGUAGCCACUAAUCAUUCCCUCCUUUAUAUGUGCAUUUAGUCGAGGCAAAAUAGUGGAUGAGGGGAAGAGAGGGCUACGUAGAUUAAAUUAAGCGUUAGAAAUAAUAAUCUUCGAGGGUGUAAAUGUAGAUGAAACGAUCCGAAAUUUUUGAUACUUUGGCAGCAUGGAAACAUUUAGACAAUCUGAAAAUCUUGUAGCUAAAAGAAGCAGUGAUGAAGCAGCUACCCUCGGUUUUAUCUGAUUUCAUCUCAUCUUAAUCCUUAAUACCUAAUCUCAAGUAGUCUAACAUCAUUUUGUCUCUUUUGGUUUCAUCUCUUCGUUGGUUUUAUCUCAAUCGAGUAUUAGACCAUUCCUCGUUUUGUCCUGUGUGGUGUCCUCUCGCUCUACGUCAUCUAAAAUGAAGUGGGAAACUGGAACUCAUUACACUGGAUUUCAGCUUUAUUUCAUUUCAUCUACUUUAAUAUCACUUCAUUUCAUCUCAUCACUGUCGUUAUAAAUGUUAUUGCUCUAUUAAUGUUAUUCCCGUUUUUGUUCUCUCCAGAUUCCUAUAAAAGAUGGACUUUAAAUAAUAGCGACGAUGAAAUUGAAAAGAAGGGGAACGUAACAUCGAAGCCAUCACCAGUAGGGUGGGGCGUCUACCUUGAUGGAUCACCAGACACCUACGUCAAACUAAAAGGCUACAAAAAGCAUUGUUUAGGAAAACCUUCACAAUGUAACUUUACCAUCGGGUUUUUUAUGAAAAUUGUUCCCCAAUCCGGAGUGCAAUUUUACUUUGGGAAUAAAGUGGACGGACUUUUGUACGAAGGUGUAAACAUAUACCAAAAUGGCAGAUUACGUGUAGAAGUUUUAGGCAAUACUACCUACUGCAAAUACGUCAUAACGCCACCCCAAGGAGUGUGGUUUUAUCUGGGGAUCGUUUGGAACAGGGUAGGAACCUUGGGUUUGUAUUUUGACCCCUUGUCCAGCUUUUCUGUCCCUUCUCACCACUGUGGAGGUAGAAUCGACGGACUGGUAAGGAAUGGCACGUACCACCUAGGCAGAUACACGUACCCUACUGCGUAUUAUGACAAUUUAGAGAUUUGGUAUUCCGAACAGUCUCGUAGUGUUUUUGAUGAGAGAUGGAAAGCAGCAUUUGGUAAGUUUGCCACUGUGCGUAAAUUGAUAGUUUACAAUAAUGUCAUUACAUUUAUGGUCUUUUAUAUUGAUAGUAUAACAAAACCGCAGAAGUUUAGAUGAAAAAGAUACUAACAUAGAUUGGCUCAGACAUCUGGCUUAUGAGGUGUACUCAUCAUAUGCUAAAACCUAACGCGAUUAAAAGAAUGUACCUUUUUGUCUAAAUUAUUAGAUAAAUAUUAUACACUCAAAUUAUGGUCCCGGCGGAAACAGUUAGUUUUGUUUUCCGGAGAGUCCUGAUGGACUGCGUCAUCCCUGAAUAAGCAAAAACAGUGUGGGAGAGUCCUUUGUGAUGCUUCAGAAAUCUUUUUUUCGGUCAUGAGGCCGUGGGUUUGACAACGAAAUAAUACCUGUCAACCCAUUUUCAGCCUAUGGUUUACCAUUCAGGAAAUAAAUUUGACUUAGCCUUCCUAGUAAUAAAUGAAUUUCCCCUCCAUAGAUGUUUUAACUCUGCAGAAGAAUCACCCAAACUACUAAAGUUUGCCUUUGUCUUCACAGAUGUUAGUGGACAAUAUACGGUUAUACAACUGACUAUUAUCUUCCCUAACCUGCAAUACAAGGCUGGAGACGUUGAUCAGGACGAAUUUUCCAACAAAGUAAGAAAUGUGACUCAAAUGUACCCAUGGCAUUCCUUGCGUUUUGUAACAAAUCAUUCAGUUCCACAGGUAAAUUAUUAUUUCAACCUCUUUCCUGAGUUGCUUGCCUGUUUCUUAACACAGGUUAAGGAAUUAUUCAUUAACGACACGCAUUUUCUAGACAUCAAGGACGUCUCAGUUUCACAAAGGUAACGUCUUUUGUCAAAGCUUCUUUCCAUGUCCUAUUUAGUUUUAUAACACCGUUAGGAUACGAGAGCAGCCCAUUAUAGCUUACCCCCAACACCAGGCUUAAUUUACUUAGUUAUCGGUAAAUUUAACAUCACUUUCAUCUAGUGCUGUAUUUUCAAAUUUUUUCAUGUGACGCAGUGAUGACAGUGCUACAGUGGUAUCAUUUACUUUGGAAUUUAAUCGCACUCAAGACCUUUGGGAAUCCAUCCUGACUUUACAACUUGCAAUGGAAAAUGGUACUCUUCUAGGGUCUCCUGGCGUCUUUGAUGAGGAUUCGUGUCAGAACAUUGAUGACAGCCAUUGUGAGUAUGAAUUAUGCACUGGUGGAGGGACGGGACGCUAAAAAGCAAACCAACUGGUUAAUUUAGAAUCUCUCCAGUUAACUAAAAAAGGUCGUCUUUUCAUUAAUUCAACUGUGUAACGAGUUUACAAUGUAUCACGUUAUCACCUUGGUCUGCUUCUUGACGAUUUCUAAGCACAAGUGGAAGAAACUUUACUCACUCUGAUCCUGCGAUCCUGAUCCUCUGAUCCUGCGAAUUUGAAAAAGCUUCUUUUCUUGCCGACGUAGGCUAUCUUUUACCUAAACAGUUUCGAAAGAUUUCCAAGAAAAUCCCACUUUAAUGAAAAAAUGAGAAAACACCCGUAGGGUGAUCUAAAGAGAACUGCCAAAAAAUUAUUCAUCAUCCUGACGCUGCUGGUCAAGGUGACUAUGCAAUCGCUCCCAAAUUUUUUAUUCGACUAUUCUCUGGGCGAGAUCGGCAGCACUUCAUUUCCAUCCAAGAUGUUUUUGAAAAUAUAGUGAGGGCUGAAAUUUUCUGGGCGAGUACUUCGUUUUUUAAGUGGAACUAUUUUAACGAUUCAUUAAAGACGGUGCUUAACAACAUUUAACAAUGUGAUAAAUCCAAGAUGUUUUCUGUUUUCUAGAGUCAAUCAAUCAUAUGUGAAAAAAGAUAACAAUAAGACUAAAUCCAGCCUAUUCUCUGAAUUUUUCCAGUUUUCUGUGAGACACCUGCAAACUUUAUCAUGGUCAGGGUCCGUGCAUUCGCAGCAGAAAUAGUAUUGGACCAAGUUUUCCUUGAACCGCACGAAAACUAUUUCUUCGGAUACAGAAUCCUGUAUAGAAAUCUGGAUGAUCCCAACUCAAACUGGACCAUUAAAGAGAAUAUUCGCCACUAUUUGCCACCAAAUCCCGUGGAGCACAAAAUUUCUUCACUUAAAAGCUAUACGAAAUACAGCUUUCGUGUCUUUGCGGCAUCGUUCAAGUCUGCUGGCCUCAUCUCGGAAGCCAUUGAAUUGAGGACAGAUGAGUCAAGUAGGUGGCUUGUGGUAAAAAUAUUUAGAGCACAGAAACUAUGAAAUUUGAGUUUUUUGUCCAAUAUACUGAACUGCAUUUCCAUUGUGAACUUUUCUUUCAACGAAGCAGUCAGGCAAGAGUUCGAAAGAGUUGUUAGCGAUAUACCUAAUAGACAAACAAAAAUUUCCAAGGACAACUUGCUAGCGUUUUGUGGAACAAGUAGACAAUCACCUCUUUUUGGAAAAUUUUGCUCCAGAAAAUAUAUAAUCUUCAUCCAGCCAUUAGAAAGGAAAUAUGAAAAUAAGCUCAUCAUCGUGUUUGGAGAUUCUAAAGCGUAACCUGACAGUUAGGAAAUCAUCAUCGAAUGUACUAAAACUUUGGCUAUACACGCUGCCAUAGUUGAAUUUAACUCAAAGUCAGGGCCGAACAAAUCUAACGUUCAAGAAUUCGUUCACACACAGCUGUUGCUCAAGGUAUCAUAAAGCAAAUCACUAUUUCAGUCUAGAAUACUCAUUUUACGCAGUUGGUAUUCAUGCAAACAAGCUCAAAACAAUGGAAAAGAGAGAAAUGAGACAGAAGUAUCACAGGUAAGCGACCAGUUUGCUGAGCAAGAUUCAAUAUAGCGGCGUUCAUCGUCGGAUUUUCUCACACAACUGAGUAUAGUUUUCGAAAGGUUGCGUUACUCUUUUGAGUCUCGAAACGCGUUCGUUUUUAUUUUUCUUGUUCACUUUUUCAUCUCGAAUUUUAAGAUUUCUGAAUCAUACUUCUUCUUUACAAAGCAAAUAUCGAGGGAUCAUAUAUAGUGUAACGACAUUUAUGAGCUUCGAAACUGCAACAAGGGUUGAUAGGAAUGAAGUGGUUAAACCAGGAUUUUUUGCUUUGAGGUAUUUGGGCUUGUUGAAGACAAAGAAGUGUAAGGUUGCGUGUAUCGGGUGUUGACUGUCCCCUAUGCACGACUAAUGAACACAAUGAUUCAGUUGAUUUUACUUCAGCAUUAUCCUUGACCAAAUCUUCCCAUUUUCAUGACGCGUAGCUCCUAGAAUUGGUCCAGAAAUUGUUGCCAGCCGAAGCACCAGCCCCACUUCAAUCUAUGUGCAGUGGAACCACACAAUUCCAGAAAAUAAAGUCAAUGGCAUUUUGAUUGGUUACACAGUCCAUUGGAAUGACGAACGUUUUGGCCAUGGUCACCCUUAUAACUCAAAUGGUGUCAAAAAUCUUGGGCUUAGCGCCACAAAUUAUUCUAUAACCUCACUUCACGAAUACUGGCCUUAUACAAUUUCUGUGGCUGGACGAACAUCGAAAGGAGCUGGAACACGGACGUUGAGGAAAGUGACAACCAUUGACGAUGGUAAGAACUUCGCGAAAUUUUUCCGAAUGUUUUCGUAGUCGUCGGAAUCGCUCGGAAAAUUGUGUUUUCUGUAGUCCUUGAAAUGAAAAUAUUUGAAGAUUUUUUAAACUGAGCAUUUCCUUUUCAGAAAAUCAGGUUUCUCGUUAAUUGAAAUUUCGCGUAACGGUUGACUCUAAUAAAAGUUUUAAUCAUAAAUUUGAAACAGAGGAAAAAACACGUCUUUUUCAUGACAUCACUUUUUCAGAAACAGAUAAAUCAAUUGCUUAUUACAGUUUCCAUCAACAAAAUCUGAAUUUUUUCAAUCAGUUUUUGGCUUUUUUCGGCGCUGUCUCGCUUAUUUCUAACCAUGAACUCACAGGAUUCAAAAGAAUACCAAAGGUUCCAUCGUAGAGAAUAAAUCGUUGUGGUAAAAAAUCCUAACAAUCAAGCGGUAAAUUCUAAGCAAUCUUCCGAGAGGCAACUUGAUGCCUAGGAAAAGUGCACACCUCCAGAAUUUUUUUUACGUAAGAACUUAUCACAAUUUUGUUAUAGUUUUGCGAGUCUCGCUAAUGUCAAACCAAAUCCAGCCCCGUACUAAACUUGGAUAAUUUGUGUUGUUUCCUGGUAUUUCUACAGCUCCUUCAGAGGCACCGUACAAUAUUAAGCUUCACACGGUGGAUGCAACCUCUUUAAAAGCCUCAUGGCAAGAUGUGCGUUUAAUUCACCAAAAUGGCAUUAUUCUGGGUUACCGUGUUCGCUUUCACCAUGCAGAUGGCGGUCUGCUAUUGUGGAACGUGACCGUUGGACCAGACUUCCAUAAUUUCCCUUUCUCUAAUCUUUCGAUCUUCCAGAAUUAUUCGGUACAGAUGCGGGCUUACACCAGUAAAGGUGAUGGGCCGUGGAGUAACAAAGUAUAUCAGUUGACGGAUGAAUCAAGUAAGUGAAAAGGCGGCGUCAGACUUUAUCAAUACAUGGCCUUUCCAUGCUAUAUUACUAUGUUGCCAGCAGAUGGGUGAUAAGGUGAGAUGCCUUGUAGAGGCAUGUUCAGGAUGAAAAUUUGCAGUAAGAUCGCGCGCAGCUCGAGCUAGUUUCCUCCAACAGUCCAACAAUACUUUUAGCCUCAGCUCGGCGAGUUUUAUUCCAGGAUUUGUAACCCGGACGUGGUUUUGGUACGAAAGCGAUUCAGGAAACAAACUAUUUCUUUUCCUUAGUUUGUUAUGCUUCUCUCUUCAUUUUCAGCCCCUAUAAAUUCUCCUGUCAAUCUGACAGCUUACAAUGUCAGCUCACGGGAAAUUAAAGUUCUUUGGAACUACGAUGAUAGCCCUCGACUGGUUCUUGGCCACCUCCAAGGUUUCACACUUCAUUUUCUGGAGGCCAAUGCAAACGAUGUUUUCCCGGAAGAUGCAAACUUAAAAACGUUUGAAACUCGUAACAGAACUCUACGAAGUAAGAUCGCCGAAGAGUUGGAAAUAUACCGGCUAUACAAUAUUACUAUAGCAGCUCGGACAGCCAAGGGUACAGGUCCCCCAAGCGAGUCAUUUGUGGUCCGAACUUAUGGUGAAGGUCUGUUAAUUGAACUCAAAGUUUUUAGUGCUCUUAGUUGGACACUUGAUUAA